AUGUUUCGUGAAUUGUUGCGUGAAAAGGGUUUACAAGAUAAUAGCAAUGUGACGGUUGAAGAAUCUAUAGCCAUGUUCUUACUUGUAAUAGGACAUGGAGUAAAACGUCGGGUACUUGGAGGUAUCUAUAUUCGUUCAUUGGAGACAAUUAGUAGGCGCUUUCAUGAAGUACUACGCUUGGUUCUCAGUUUAAGUAAGGAUUUUAUAAGAUUACCUAAUCAAGUUGAGAAUGUUUAUGAAAAUGAUCAUAAAUGGAGGUGGUUCAAGGAUUGUCUUGGAGCUUUGGAUGGAACACAUGUUGAGAUGACUAUUCCACUUAAGGAUCAAGGUAGAUAUCGAAAUAGGAAACAACAGAUAACAACUAAUGUUUUGGGAGUAUGUGAUAGAAGGAGUUUAAAAUUUCUUUAUGUUCUUCCUGGAUGGGAAGGUUCAUCAUUAGAUUCAAAAGUUUUACGAAGUGCAUUAGUGAGAGAAAAGGAUCCAUUUCUUGUUCCAACUGCUCCUUAUCGUUCAACUAGUUAUCACCUAAAUAAAUGGUCAAGUCAUGGUAAUCGUCCUUCAAACUAUAAUGAAUUAUUUAACCUACGACACUCUUUAGCAAGAAAUUCAGUAGAGAGAACAUUUGGAUUGUUGAAAAAACGAUGGGCAGUACUUCUUCAACCAUCAUUUUUUGGUACUAAUACACAGGUUCUUAUUAUUAAUGCUUAUUGUGUUCUUCAUAACUACAUUUGUGAAAUUGCAAGUGAAUUGGAUUAUCCAUUGUUGCAUGAGGUUGAUUGUGAUUUGGCACAACAAUCAAAUGAAGUAUUUGAUGUGGACUAUGAAGAUGUCAUAAUAAAUGUACAAGGUGGUAGUCAAUGGACAAAUUUUAGGGAUGAUAUGACAAAGGAGAUGUAUAGUCAAUAUCAAGUUAGGAGUGGUAGAACUUAA